AUGUCAGGAUCGAGCGGAAACCAGAUAUCGUGGUUUAGCGAAGGAGGUGCCGAAGCAGUCGCAGAACGAAUAAAAGCUUUUUUCGAUCGUAGCGAUAGGUUCGGAUGGGAAGGCACAAUUGGUUCAGGGGCUAACGGUUCUGUAUAUAAGGUCAAAUACAACAGCGAAGAGGGAUCGUGGAUAUUGGCAGUUAAGAUCUGCCAUAUAGAUGUCGAUCUUGAUGGGAAUAAAUCCUACGACGAAGAUGACGAGGAUGAAGGAGACGAAGUUUUGCAGCUCGCUAACGAAAAGCUAUGGUUGGAGAGAUUGCGCAGCUGUCCUCAUAUUAUUCAAUCGUUUGACGUAAACGAUGAUCCGCUCAGACAGACACCAUACGAUCUCGCGCCGCAUCGGAUGCGGACUUGGAUAUUCACAGAGUAUAUUGAUAAUGGCCCAUUAACGCGGUUAGUCAGAAGACAUACCGAACUGUAUGAAGGAGAAUUAUUUCCCUGCCGUCUACUAUGGAGAUUUUUCAUGUGCCUAAUUAGAUUCUGUCUGGAAAUGGCGUAUUGUGAUGCUCACCAAGAUGGCCGAGUAGAUCUUAAUACAGCUACCCUAGAAAGCCUCCGAGAAUUGCCUAUUGGGUUUUUGGCCCAUAAAGAUUUGUCAAGGAGUAACAUUGCGGUUGGAGGUCUCUUGUCUGCACUCCAACACCCAGAACAUGAUAUGAACCCGAUAUUGAAGCUACUGGAUUUUGGAACGGCGGCGGUGAUGGACCCUAGCGAUCCUCGUUCGCUCGAUGAUUUUAAUCGCACUGGCCCCCAAAGAAAUAUCAGCGAUAUCGGUGAGGUCAUGGAAUAUCUUAUUUUACAAGAAGACGAAAUGAUGAACGAAACAGCAACAGUUCCCAUUGGCGUCUCAGUCGUUGAGACUUUUGCUGGUAGCUUACACGCAGCCCGCGAUGAUUUAAUAGCUCGUGGCGUCGAUGCUCAACUUAUAGAUCUUGUAUACUGUUGCCGAGUAGUAGACCCAGAGAGGCAGCCUGGACUUAUUGAUCUAGCAAUAGCUGUUCGUAACUGGGUUUCUAAUAGGGGCGAUUACGGUGUCGAACGGGAAACGGACGGGGCGAUACAGCAGAGGGUAGCUAAUUUAAUGUACAAUGCUGAGACUGGCAGUACUUAA